CGCGCCGGAGCGACGGCGCGCCGCUGGUGUCAAGCGGAAGAUGGCGGCGUCCAGGGGAGGCUGAGGGCUCUGGGGAGGUGGUGAGCGGUUUCCGUACAGCCCGAGCGUGCGGCUUGGGGAUCCCUUCACUCGGCUUCCUGCUCUCAGGUUUCGCGCGGGUCGUCCUCCCAGGCUCUCGGGCGCGAUGUGGAGGAGCUGCCUCCGGCUGCGGGACGCGGGGCGCCGCCUCCUGAACCAGCCUCGGGGUGCCCUCACCGCCUCCGUGCGGCCGGGGCCAAACCCGCUGUCCCCUGCCCGGGCCUAUGCCCCCCCAACAGAAAGGAAGAGGUUUUAUCAGAAUGUCAGCAUCACACAGGGUGAAGGUGGCUUUGAGAUAAACCUGGACCACAGGAAGCUGAAAACUCCCCAAGCCAAGCUCUUUACCGUCCCCAGCGAGGCCCUGGCCAUCGCAGUGGCCACUGAAUGGGACUCCCAGCAGGACACCAUCAAGUUCUACACCAUGCACCUGACCACAUUGUGCAACACGUCUCUAGACAACCCUACCCAGCGAAACAAGGACCAGCUGAUCCAGGCGGCUGUGAAGUUUCUGGACACCGACACCAUCUGCUACAGGGUGGAUGAGCCAGCGACAUUAGUGGAACUUCAAAGGAACGAGUGGGACCCGAUCAUCGAAUGGGCCGAAGAAAGAUACGAUGUGGAGAUCGGCUCCUCCACCAGCAUAAUGGGGCCCAGCGUCCCAGCCAGGACUCGGGAAGUGCUCACCAGCCACCUGGCCUCUUACAACAUGUGGGCCCUACAAGGGAUUGAGUUUGUGGUGACCCAGCUCAAGUCCAUGGUGUUGACCUUGGGCCUGAUUGACCGGCGCCUCACAGUGGAGCAGGCCGUGCUGCUGUCACGCCUGGAGGAGGAGUACCAGGAGGAAACUGAGGCAUGGGUCCCACCCCCGGAAAAUGCUGGAGCCAGGGUUUGGAGCCAGGUCUGGGUGACUCCAGGCCUUCCCCACUAUCUACAGAUAGAGGUUCACAGGCAGAUCAAGGUCGUCUGCCUGGGCCCUGAAGAACGGGCCCCGCGAACAGGACUAGGAGCCACGUUCAUGCUCACACAGAGGCUAAGCUGAGCCUUGGCGCCCUGACUCACACGGUGGGUCAUCUGGCUGGCAGAGCAAACACGGGUGGCUGCUGUUUGUACAUAAGUUUUCAUUUAGUGGGUUUGAAAUUAAUAUGGUUUCGCUACACUGUCAUUUGCAUUUUUUAACUCUGAGAAUUAUGGCGUUCUCUGCAGUCUUUUUACUGCUUUCUUUCCAACCUCAGAAGGUUAAUUGCUAUUACAAAUCGGCUCCUACCAUGAUGAAAACCCUUUUGUAAUGACAUUAUUUCCCAAGCCCGUCUAGUCAUCUGCUCAGAAAAAUGCCAGGGGUAAAAACUGUUUCUCUGUCGCAAAAGAGGCCAGCUAGAAACAAUUAAACAGGCAGGGAGUGAUGU